AUGUCGCUUGAAAAAUCUACGGAGUUGCGAGGAUCGAGAGCAACCCUGCUCUUUCACGGUUCGUCUGACGUGGCGAGAUCUCUGCCGCACGUUGGGUGCGGUGCAGACGCGUGGGCGACGAGCAGCUGUCGAGAAGCAAUGGCGGCGCCGCCUUUGCUGCACCUCACAUCACCGCAAGGCCCUUCACCUCCGCCACCCUACGCCGCGCUCCCCGCUUCUUUUGUCCUUCGAUCCGCACUGUCCUCGCUAAGCGCUGCUCCAGUAUCGGCUAUAACUACGGCCACUCGCCCGUACGCACCACAGCUGGCUGCGGUUGUGGGGGCCGCGGGGAAAGGUGGGGCGGGGGAGGCGGUGGCAGGGGGGGGGCAGGGCGGGGAGGAGGCGUCGGACAUGGCGAUUCUGAGCACGCUGGCGCACUACCUGUGGCCCAAGGACAACCCCGACUACCGCCGCCGCGUUGCUGCCGCGCUCACCCUGCUCGUCUCCGCUAAGCUGUUGAACAUCCAGGUGCCGUUCCUCUUCAAGCACGCCAUUGACAGCCUGUCAGCAGCAGCGGGCGCCACGGGAGCCACAGCGGCGGCAGCAGCAGCGACAGCAGCGUCGGACCCGCUCUUCUUCGCGCUCUUCACCACUCCCUCCGCCAUGCUGCUCGGCUAUGGCCUUGCGCGCGCUGGCGCCUCCGCAUGCAAUGAGUUGCGCAAUGCGGUGUUUGCGAACGUGGCACAGGGCACCAUCCGCAAGGUGGCGAGGCAGGUGUUCCUGCACCUGCACGACAUGGACCUCUCCUUCCACCUCAGUCGGCAGACAGGGGCGUUGAAUCGAACGAUAGACCGGGGCACGAGAGCCAUCAACUUCAUCCUCUCCUCCAUGCUCUUCAACGUCUUCCCCACGCUGCUCGAGAUCGGGCUGGUAUCCAGCAUCCUCGCGUACAAGUUUGGCCCCUCCUUCGCUGUUGUCACAGCCGCAACAGUCACAGCGUACACUGCAUUCACCCUCGGAAUCACACAGUGGCGCACCAAGUUCCGCCAGCAGAUGAACAAGGCGGACAACGACAGCAGCUCGCGCGCCAUCGACUCCCUCAUCAACUACGAGACAGUGAAGUAUUUCAACAAUGAGGAGCAUGAGGCCGCCAUGUACGACAAAUUCCUCAAACGGUACGAGGAGGCGGCGCGCAAGACGCAGAGCAGUCUGUCGCUGCUCAACUUCGGGCAGAACGCCAUCUUCAGCGCUGCGCUCGCCUACACCAUGGUCAUGUGCGGCCAGGGCAUCGGCGCCGGCCACAUGACCAUCGGCGACCUCGUGAUGGUGAACGGGCUGCUGUUCCAGCUGUCGCUGCCGCUCAACUUCCUGGGCAGUGUGUACCGCGAGACGCGCCAGAGCCUCAUCGACAUGCACCACAUGUUCAACCUCCUCAACUUGAAGCCAUCAGUGACGGACAUACCGGAUGCACGGCCGCUGGAGCUCAAGGACUGCAGCAUCUCAUUCCACGACGUCACAUUCGGGUACCAUGACGAGAAGCCCAUUCUGAAUGGCGUGUCGCUGCAUGUGCCUGGAGGGAAGAGCCUUGCCAUCGUUGGUCCCAGUGGCAGUGGCAAGUCAACGGUGCUGCGUCUGCUCUACCGCUUCUUCGAUGUCGACUCUGGAAGUAUAAAGGUGGACGGGCAGGACAUCCGGCAAGUGACCAUCAACAGCCUGCGCAAGUCCAUAGGGGUCGUGCCUCAAGACACUGUCCUGUUCAACGACAGCAUCAUGUACAACAUCCGCUACGGCCGCCCAUCCGCCACCGAUGAGGAGGUGUACGAGGCGGCACGGCAGGCGGCGAUUCACGAGCAGAUAUUGCAGUUCCCCAAGGGCUAUGACACCUUGGUGGGAGAGCGCGGGCUCAAGAUAAGUGGGGGGGAGAAGCAGCGAGUGGCGCUCGCAAGAACUUUUCUUAAGGGAGCUCCCAUCCUGUUGUGUGACGAGGCAACGAGUGCACUGGACAGUGUGACAGAGGGCGCCAUUCUCACGGCUCUGCAGAGCCUCGCUCGCAACCGCACCUCUAUCUUUGUCGCGCACCGCCUCACCACCGCCAUGCAGUGCGAUGAGAUUGUGGUGCUGGACGAGGGGCGCAUCAUAGAGCGUGGCAACCACGCAUCGCUGCUGGCCCUCAACGGCACAUACGCCGACAUGUGGCGCCAACAGAACCGCCCGCACGGGGAGGACGCCGAGGAGGGGGAGGGGGGGGCGGGGGAGGAGGGCAGCCAUGGAGCUAGUUCGAGUGAGAUAAGCAGGGGGCGUGAAGGGCGGCUGCUGGAUGGUGAAGGGAAGGUUGUGGGAGCAGGGAAGGAGCAGGGUGGGGAUCGGUUGGCAGUGGUGCUGGGAGGGGAUGAUGAUGGGGUGGCUCAUGGCAAGGCCGACAAGGCAGGCAACGCUGCUGCUGGUGCGGAUGGCGACGGCCGGCCUGUUGUGCAUGGCACUGCUGCGAAGGCAUCGUAG